UCGACCAGCGUGGCUUGACUGAUACUAGAAACUUGGGCAAAGUCAAUAGCAAUACAAACCAACCAACCAUAGGCCAACGGGGAAGGGAGGAUCUCUUCCUCGCGUGUGAAAUCUGCCAAAAUAUCGCAUCAAUACACAAAAGUUGCUCAUUCGCUUUCCUUAAUUUGCUUAUUGCCAGAACAAGAAGAAGAAGAAGAUACAUCUACACAGCUACAGCUGCUCUUAUUCCUAAGAUCAAGCAUUGAUUUCAGUUCCCUCGAUCUUCGAUAAUGGCUGCGGAGUGGCGUUGUGAAAAGAGAAGCUACUCGAAGAACGAGUCCUUCGUAAAAGACGAUGAGAACGUGCCGGAAACUGGCUGCCUCUCUAUAAUUGUUCUCGGCGCCUCCGGCGAUCUUGCAAAGAAAAAGACUUUCCCUGCACUGUUCAACCUCUACCGACAGGGAUUCUUGCAGUCAAACGAGGUUCACAUUUUUGGGUAUGCAAGGAGCAAGAUUUCUGAUGAGAAGUUGAGAGAUCAGAUCAGAGGGUAUCUUCCGCAGUCGAAAGAGGGCGGCGCCGAAGAGGUUACCGAGUUUCUGCAGUUGAUUAAAUAUAUAAGUGGCUUGUAUGAUGCUCCGGAGGGAUUCCAAGCAUUAGAUAAGGCAAUAUACGAGCAUGAAAUAUCAAAAAACAGUAUGGAAGGAUCGUCCCGCCGGCUUUUCUACCUUGCGCUUCCACCGUCAGUUUAUCCACAAGUCUGCAAAAUGAUCAAGUUUCACUGUCUCAAUAAAUCGGAUCUUGGAGGAUGGACUCGUAUCGUUGUUGAGAAGCCUUUUGGUAAGGAUUUGGCUUCAGCUGAGGAACUAAGCUCGCAGAUAGGUGAAUUAUUUGAGGAGCCACAGAUAUAUCGAAUAGAUCACUAUUUGGGAAAGGAAUUGGUGCAGAACUUGCUGAUACUUCGAUUUGCAAAUCGCUUCUUUUUGCCACUUUGGAACCGCGACCACAUUGCUAAUGUACAGAUUGUGUUUAGAGAGGAUUUUGGAACCGAGGGACGUGGAGGAUAUUUUGAUCAAUACGGAAUUGUUCGUGACAUCAUCCAGAAUCACCUGUUGCAGGUCUUUUGCCUUGUUGCAAUGGAGAAGCCUAUAUCUCUGAAGCCUGAGCAUAUUCGAGACGAGAAAGUCAAGGUUCUCCAAUCAGUUGUUCCAAUUAAUGAAGAAGAGGUAGUGCUCGGACAGUACGAUGGCUACAGAGAUGAUCCAACUGUUCCUGACAACUCGAACACGCCUACUUUUGCAACUGUUAUUUUACGUAUACACAACGAAAGAUGGGAAGGUGUUCCCUUUAUACUAAAGGCCGGGAAAGCUUUGAACUCCCGAAAAGCAGAGAUACGAGUUCAAUUCAAGGAUGUUCCCGGCGACAUCUUUAAAUGCCAAAAGCAAGGAAGGAACGAGCUCGUCAUUCGCCUGCAACCCUCGGAGGCUAUAUACAUGAAGCUAACGGUCAAGCAGCCGGGGUUGGAAAUGUCAACUGCGCAGAGCGAACUGGACCUGUCCUAUAGGCAGCGAUAUCAGGGGGUCGUCAUUCCUGAGGCUUACGAACGCCUAAUUCUCGACACGAUCAAAGGGGAUCAGCAGCAUUUUGUGCGCAGAGACGAGCUGAAGGCUGCGUGGGAGAUAUUCACGCCGCUCCUGCACCGUAUAGACGAUGGAGAGCUGAAGUCGGUUCCUUACAAGCCCGGCAGCAGAGGCCCCGAAGAAGCCGAUCAACUGCUGGAGCAUGCUGGCUAUGUGCAGACACAUGGUUACAUAUGGAUACCUCCAACCUUAUCAUGAAGGAAGAACUCGUGAUAAUCGACAAAUCACGGUUUUGCAUACUCUUAAAAAACCCGUAUUUGAUUUCAGCAAUAAUAAGUUAUGUUUGGAAACAGGAAAGUGAAGAAAGCUUUUGUUUGACUGAACCGAGUGUAUCUUUUUUCCUUUUUCUUGUUUAAAUAAAAAGAAGUUGCUUA